GCUUUCUGCUGUUAUAUCCGGGAGGAGUGAACGUGUCUCAGUCUCCGGUUUAACGUGAACGGAGGAGAGGCGAUGCCACCGCUCCCGCUGCCCUGUGCUUCUUCUUCUUCUUCUUCACAUCUAUUCUUCGUCUUUACGCUUCCCAGGCCGUACGGGGAUUGACAGAACCCACACACAGGCACACACACACACACACACACGCACACACACACCCAGAGGAGGAUUUACACACAGAUCCGAGCCAGUCCCGGACCUCCAUUGGCAAACAUCAGCGGCAGUGACCCUCAGUUGUGGCUGGUGGGCAUGGUUUUGGAGGGAAGCUCAGAGGCCCUGUGUCCCCCCCCAUCUCUGGAGCUGCGCCCAUCCUGCAACAAGAGCCAGCCCUCACCUCCUCUGGGCUCAAGCUCACAACCCCACGAAGGAGUCUUCCCUGAGGACAAGGAGCCUGUCAAGUAUGGCGAGCUCAUCGUCUUAGGGCACAAUGGGUCACUGGCUAGUGGGGAUAAGGGUCGCAGAAGAAGUCGUCUGGCCCUCUAUAAGAGACCUAAAGCCAACGGUGUCAAACCUGAUGUUAUCCAUAAUGUUUCAACUCCUCUGGUGUCAAAGGCACUCAGCAACAAAAGCCAGCACAGCAUCUCCUACACACUGUCACGGAGCCACUCUGUCAUUGUGGAGUACACCCAUGACACCAACACAGACAUGUUUCAGAUUGGCCGGUCCACAGAAAGCAUGAUCGACUUUGUAGUGACGGACACAGCAGGCAGCAGCAGUGGCCAGAGUGGCGGUGCUGCAGGGGAGGGUGGUGGCGGAGGCCAGUCAGCCCAGAGCACCAUCUCCCGCUACGCCUGCCGUAUUAUGUGUGAACGGAGUGCGCCCUACACGGCCCGCAUCUACGCCGCUGGCUUCGACUCCUCCAAGAACAUCUUCCUGGGGGAGCGGGCUGCCAAAUGGAGGACAUCGGAUGGCUUGAUGGAUGGGCUGACCACCAAUGGGGUACUGGUGAUGCACCCAGCAGGGGAAUUUGUGUCUGAGCCGGCUCCGGGUGUCUGGAGGGAAAUCUCAGUCUGUGGAAACGUCUUUGCCCUGAGGGAAACUCGCUCAGCUCAACAAAGGGGAAAACUGGUUGAAAAUGAGUCAAACACGCUCCAGGACGGUUCUCUGAUUGAUCUGUGUGGGGCUACCCUGCUGUGGAGGACCCCUGCCGGACUGCGUCAUACCCCCACCCUAAAACAGCUGGAGUCCCUUCGCCAGGAACUGAAUGCCGCCCGGCCCCAGUGUCCUGUGGGCUUCAACACCCUUGCCUUCCCCAGUCUGGCCCAGCGUGAGAUUGUUGACAAGAAACAGCCCUGGGUCUACGUCAAUUGUGGCCAUGUACAUGGCUACCACAACUGGGGCUACCGCAAGGACAAGGGUCCUGCUGGGCCUGGAGGUACAGCACCAGCCAGCACUGGGGAGAGGGAGUGCCCUAUGUGCCGGCGAGUGGGCCCCUAUGUGCCGCUGUGGCUGGGCUGCGAGGGAGGAUUGUACCUAGAUGCCGGGCCGCCCACUCACGCUUUCUGCCCCUGCGGCCAUGUAUGUUCAGAAAAGACAGUGGUGGGGUGGAGCCAGAUCCCGUUACCCCAUGGCACCCAUGCCUUCCAUGCUGCUUGUCCUUUCUGUGGUACCUGGUUGACAGGGGAGCAAGGCCACAUCAAACUCAUCUUCCAGGGGCCGGUCGACUGAAGCUCCAAACUGGGAGCCACUCAGCGGAAAAUGAUGGUCGACUUGACAGAGAUGGAUAUGCUGAAUAAAGACUGCUAGAACAAAAAUCUGAACACUCAAGUGUGGGAUCAAAGAGAAGGCACUGAUGACAAAUAUAAGAAAAAGACUGUUGACAUGAUGCAAUAGUAUAUUGCCAAGGCUGCAAAUGGAAUGUGAGGUGUAUGGAGAAUAUGUAAAUAAACUGUGUUGAAAUGAACUCACAUGUCCUGACCAUUUGUUCUCCUUUUUAAGCAGGGGCUUAAUCUCAAACAUAACGUAUUCACCAAGUUUGUUUCUGAUAUCUCAGAGUAUGAUGGCAUCUCUGAAAAAGAAGGGGCAAGAAACAAGAGAAUCAGACAUGUUGGAGGCCAACUUCAGUGUUAGACCGUACAUAAGAUAAAUAAAAUGGGGUUCCACUCGAAGAAAAACAGCUUCAUAGACCUUGCAACUCUGCACAUCAAACAGUCUGAUUGAUUUAUCCAACUCCCUGUUGGUAGGCAGAUUCAAAACAGGAACAUUUUUGUGU